GUUUGUGAGCGUAUGCGUGAGGUCUUUUCCAGCGUUCUUGGACUUAUGCAGGAAUUCACUGGCGUGUGGGUGAGGGAUCCUCGCAUCCAGAAAGAGGAUUUCUGGCAUGCUUACAUGGAUUAUGAAAUCUGUAUAAAUACAAACAGUCUGGCCUUCACUAAGAAGAGUUCCUGUGUGCGGCGGAGAUACAGCGAGUUUGUGUGGCUAAGAAAAAAGCUACAGGAAAAUGCUAUGCUCAUAACACAUAUACCCAAACUUCCUCCAAAAAACCCGUUCUUCAGUCUCAACAAUGCCAGAGAGAUCGGAGCCCGUAUGGAAGGGCUCAGGAAAUUUCUAGAAGAGGUGGUUCACAGCCCGGUGCUGCUUUCCGACAGCUGCUUACAUCUCUUCCUACAGUCCCAACUAAGUGUGAAAAAAAUCGAGGCCUGUGCUGAAGGCCGAAGUCGCUACACUGUCUCUGAGGCCAUUCACAGUUUCGGCUCAGGAAACAAACGCUUUGAAUCUCAAUCUGAAGGGAGCAUGGAAGAAGAGGACGAGCUGCACUGUGAAUCAGAGUGAUAGACUACUUUCUACUAAGACAUUGCUGAGGAACAAUAUUCAACAAUGAAGAUUACAGCCCAUGAGGAGAGACAAUGGAACAGGAAAAAAGUUACUGCCAUUGCUGAAACGGUGUUGUUUUGUCUCGCACUCAUACUUUCUGUAUUGACGAAUCUGUAUUGAUGAAGAUAACCUAAUA